AUCUUUUUUGUGUGCAUAAGAUGUCGAGGAGCGAUACAAGUUCAUAUUUUUGGAAUUUAAUUUUGCUCUACUUUAUAUAACAUAUGAUAUGAAGAUGUUGAGCCACACAUAUGGCCGUGGAUGGAAGCGUGGUGUGCUUUUGCUUCGGAUAUGUUUAUUGUUUUCUAUCGGAAAGCCAGCGUUUGCUCAGAUUCGUUAUGGGGUUCCCGAGGAGGUUAGAGAAGGAACAACCGUUGGAAAUGUUGCGAAGGAUCUUGGCCUUGAAGUGGCAUUGUUAUCUGAUCGACGUUUUCGUGUCGUCUCUGGAUCAAAUCAGGCACUAUUUGAGGUAAAUCGGGACACUGGUGAUCUUUUUGUCCGUCAGAAAAUCGACAGAGAGGAGCUGUGUCAGGGGAGUGGUGCAUGCAUAAUAGACUUAAAAAUCUUGGUCGAAAACCCUUUAGAAAUGCAUUAUGUGAUUGUGGAAAUCGCUGAUGUAAAUGACCACUCGCCUAGCUUUCCAGAAAAAGAGCAGGAAUUUGAAAUAUUUGAGCAAACAUCUACAGGAAGUAGAUUUCAGCUUCAUUCUGCUCGUGAUCCAGAUGCAGGAUCCAAUUCAGUUCGGAAUUAUAUGUUAACACCAAACGAUCACUUUGAAUUAGAUAUUCGUCAAGGAGAUGAUGAUAAAAUACCAAUUUUGGUGCUAAAAAAGGCCCUGGACAGAGAAAAAAGAGUUAGUCAUUCCCUUAGUAUAACAGCGUUUGAUGGUGGUAAACCUCCAAGAUCAGGCGAGUUAAAUAUUUCUAUUAUUGUUCUAGAUAGUAAUGAUAACCCUCCAAAAUUUAGUCAAGAGAUAUAUGAAAUCGAAGUGCAGGAAAAUAUUCCUUUUGGAACUCUCAUAUAUAAGCUAAAUGCGACGGAUCCAGACGAAGGUAUAAAUAGCGAAAUUGAAUAUACCUUUGGAAAAACGCUUAAGAAAAAUGCCUAUGAGAUUUUUGAACUUGAUAAAACAACUGGAGAGAUAAAGGUAAAAAGAGUACUCAACUAUGAAGAGAAUAAUGUUUAUAAAUUGGAUAUUGAGGCAACAGAUAAAGGAACGCCUCCUUUAAAGGGUGUGUGUAGAGUGAAUAUCAAAAUAAAGGAUAUAAAUGACAAUCCCCCUGAAAUUGAAAUCACGUCUGUGUCAGACACUGUGCCUGAAGACUCUAAGCCUGGUACAGUUAUAUCACUUCUUAGUGUAACAGAUAAAGAUUCUGGUCUAAAUGGAAAAAUAAUAUUGAGGGUAACAUCAGACGUGCCUUUUGAAUUAAAGACAUCUUAUAAGGAAAAUGUUUAUUCAGUUGUGACUAAAAGCGUUUUAGAUCGGGAACAGAAGUCUGAAUAUCAAAUUGUUAUAAGUGCGACGGACUGCGGUGUCCCUCCAUUAUCAAAUUCAAAAGUUAUAAACAUCCGUAUUUGCGAUGUAAAUGACAACAGUCCUGAUUUUUUUCAAAAUCCAUUCUUUUUUUACCUUUCAGAAAAUAAUGUCGCUGGUAUGUCUAUUUUUUCUGUAAGUGCAACAGACAAAGAUGAGAACAAAAACGCAGCUAUUUCGUAUCGCAUUGUGAAAGAAGGAAGUAAAAAAGACGUUUUGUCUUUCCUACAUGUAAAUACUGAUACGGGGGAAAUCUCUGCCCUUAAAAGUUUUGACUUUGAAAGUCUAAAAACUUUCCAGUUCCAAGUUGUUGCCACUGAUUCUGGAACCCCGCCACUGAGCAGCAACGUUACAGUUUACGUGUUCAUUCUAGAUCAGAAUGACAAUGCUCCAGUUAUCCUGGAGGAGCUCUGCUAA